AUGGCUGAUGAAAAACCUAUUACUGUGGAUCCGGACUAUUAUGUUAGUAGGGGCGAUGAGUACAAGAGGGGCGAUUUUGAGUCGAGCCCUGCCGAUGAGAAGCAGUUCGAGAGUUACGAAGCAGGUCACUUGGUUAAUGUUGUACUUGAUUCUGAUACCCCGAAUCCGCUUUUCCAAGCACCUGUAAAGAACCCAAAGAAUAUUUUAGACAUGGGGACAAGACAUGGAAGUUGGGCAGUUGAUGCUGCCGAUAUGUUCCCAGAGAGUGAGAUAUCAUCAAGCUCCAUCCAUGGCUUGAAUCCCGCCUGA